AUGGAUGCGCUUGUCCUACGGGAUGGUAAGCUGUGGUUCUACGAGCGCUUGGGAGGGAAUCUAUCGGAAGGAAGGCAGGUUCUUGUGAAUUUCUCAGGGCCUAGCCUGUCGAAGAUACGGAACCCCACGGUUCUGGAAUUGACGGACUGGGAUGGAGAUGGAGACCUGGACGUCAUCAUGACUGACGAGGCAACAGCGAACGAGUCGGACUGUCCACGUCUCAAGCUCAGGUACUUGGAACAUGUGCAGAACGCAAACGCGGCAAACGCCUCUUUCUCCCUGGUUGAAGGUGAAGCUCCCAAGCUCGUUCCAUUGUCAGAUUUGUUUGAAUGCAGUUUGCACAUGGUUGCCCAAGUUGUUGAUUGGGAUCAGGACGGGCGGGAGGAUAUGCUGUUCUGGUCCCAUGAGCAGAUCCGCUACUUUCGGAACCGGGGCGGGGAACUUCAUGAAGUCCCGGAGGGAUCUAACCCGUUCAACGGCCUUGCGCUCUGCAAAGCUUCUGAUCGCCAGGAAGUCUUCAGGGUGACUGAUUGGGACGACGAUGGGGAUUUCGAUAUUAUUGUUGCUUGCUACUCGGAGCAUUACGCCAUGGCUUUUCGCGGAGUCAUUUAUGCAGAGCAGCUUGCAGACGGGACCUUUAUGACAGCACCCGGAGGGGUGGGUUCGGUAAUGAGCUUUGGCACAGCGGGUUUCCAGGCAAUUGAUUGGAACGGAGAUGGGCUGACGGACUUAUUUACAGGCUCUUCGGUGUAUGUGCGAAGCCGCUCCACGGCCUUCGUUGAGAGGAAGGAGAGCAUGAACCCCUUCGCUGGCUUGUCGUUCACCGAUGGGCGACCGCAACUUGUGGAUUGGAAUAUGGAUGGCCAUCUUGACUUGCUGGUGGCAGAGCCGGCAAAACUUCGCCUCUUCACGCAAGUGCAAGGCAGACCGGUUGAAGAUGACAUGGACUUUGAUCUUGUUCCCCUUGUCUGGAAUGGUGCCAGGACAGGCAUCACCGCAGUGGAUUGGGACAGCGAUGGAGAUACCGAUCUUGUGGUGACCAGCAGCGAUGGUCUGAUUCGAGUCUUCGACAACGACGGCGUUCAGCUUCGAGAGCUGAACGCAUCCCAGCACUUUCUGGGCGUCUCGGUGCCGCUGAAGUUAAGCCAAUGGCACAGGCAGGAAGGGCAGCCCCUGCAGCUGAUCGACUGGGACCAGGAUGGUGAUCUGGACCUACUGCUUGGCCCUGGGGUUGACGGGCCCUGCGGCGCAGCCUUCUUUGAGCAGGUGGCUGGGAAGCUCGUCCGCCGCGAGAACCACAGCUUCUGCGAUUUGCCAAGCACAGGCGAUUUUCAAUCAGACUGGGCUUGGAAGGUCAUGGACUGCGACGGCGAUGGGGAUCUUGACUUGAUUCGAUAUUGGUACGAGCACUACAAGCAUUAUUCAUAUCAAGGGGCAGUCUCUUGCAAGCAGGAGGAUGGCCGGCUCCGGUGUGACAUGCCUUGUUUCCCGCAAAGCUUCCCUGAUGACCGGGUUUCUUAUGCAAUGCGCGGGCUCGCAGCUGGGGAUUGGGACAACGACGGUGACAUCGACCUCUUGGUCCUUCAAAAUGGUGCGGACCAAGAGCCUUACGUAAGAGAUCCCGGUUUCUGCACGCCACCUCAAGUUUGCAGUGGACGGGGUUCUUGUUUGGGCUCCGGCCAGUGCUCGUGCAACAAGGAUCGGUCGCUCAGCGAUUGCUCUGGCUGCGCAGUGGGCUACUACACCUCAUCCUACAAGUUCGGCAACCCCCAUGUGCACAGCUGCCUGCAGUGUCCUUGUGAUUCUGCAGGGGCGGCUUGCGCUGCUCGGGGUGUCUGCGUCGAUGAUGCCUAUGCGCAGUUCACCAUGGAUCGUGCCAUGGAUCGUGCCAGUAGACCAUAUGAGACUGUAGUCAAGGGCAACGGUUCCUGUAUUUGCGCUGCGGAGGCCUUUGGUGGCUUCGACUCAGCAGGACAUCGGACCUGCACAGAGGGAGGGUGUCCUGCAGGGCAUAUUGAGACGUACAUGAAUGUGACGCGCUUAGGGCACCCUAGCAUCCACCACAGCUUAAGUUGCCAGAUAUGUCCCGCAGGGAGCUUUGCUGACAGCCAGGAAUGCCGCCAGUGCAGGCCAGGUCGAUAUGCUACCCUUGGCAGUUCUGCCUGUGCUGCUUGCCAGGCAGGAAAGUAUUCUCAGACCCUUGGCGCCAGUGAAUGCAAAGACUGUCCCAUUGGCAGACACGCUCCGGAAGCCAGCCUGUCAUGCAUCUCGUGCGACUUCGGGCAGAUACCAUCCUCAGGCGGUACUUCCUGUGUGGUGUGCAAUGGGCAAAGAGGUCUGUUGGUCUACGCAGUUGACGAAACGGGCUUGCAGUGCACGCUGCCCCCUCUUCAAUGGAUUGCCUUGCUUGCGUUCUUCGUGUCUUUGGUCUGCUGCCUCUGCUUCUCGGCGAUGGCCUUCGCAUAUGUGGUGCCCAUUGCUGAUAUUACCAGGCAGAUCGAAGGCAGCGUGAUCAUCACCAGCCACGGAGGACACUGGCUGCGUGGCGCGGCCAGUGUCAGCUUCAGUUCAACCGGGGUUCCCUGGCUGGAUACCAUCGAUACCCAACAAUGGAACGUCAAAAGGGUCAGCAAAGAGAGGCUUCUCCUCCACGCCCACGGAGAAGGCCGACCGAUGGAGACUUCUGUUGGCUGGUUCAGGCUCGGGGUCUGGACUGCCCUGUGGCACGCAGGCUAUCUUAACGUGCCUUUGGCAUGUUGGAUUCUGGCCUUUGGGGCUGUGGCCUUGGGAGCCGCUCUAAGUGGAUUUUUGACGCCGCUGAUGCUUUCAGCUGUUGGAUUCGUUGCAGUGCUGUGCACCUUAGGUGUUCAGUUUCGCCAGCAGCAGAAUUGUGCGAACACGCCGAUCAGCGAGAGCCGAACGCGAUUCCUGGAACAGCUCCGACAAUCUGGUCCUGCUAAACCGAUAGCCGUUGAAAGAGGUGCAGCACGUGGGGUGGCGUUGAAGCAGCUCCUGUUUUUUCAAGAGUUCUUCCAAACCUUCAUCCGCGACCGGAACAUGUACUUUGUGUCAUCCAACUUGGUGAUCCCCUUGACCGCACGUGAUUUAGUGUCCUACGCGGAGUUGGUUGGCCCGAAGGCUCUGAGCUGGUUCGUGAGCCACUAUUGGGGCAUGACCGUGCGCCACUUCAUGGAGGCGCUCCAGCGGCAUGGGCACCAUGUUGCGGGUGAGGGCCGCGGCUUGGCAUACUGGGUCUGCACCUUUAGCAACAGCCAGCACCACAUCAAGGAGGAACUGGGGAAUGGUGACAUUUGCAGCUCCUCAUUCUUCAAGGCCAUGCAUGACAGGAGGUGCCAAGGAACUCUCAUGGUUUUGGACGAGGAGGCCUUGCCGUUGCAACGUGCCUGGUGCCUUUUCGAAGUCUUCCAAACAUUUCGUCUUUGCCAUGAGCGGCGGAAGGAGGACCAGGAGGCCGCCCGCUACCAGGGCUUUGUGAUGAGCACUUCCUCUGGGGUCCUCUCCGCCGGCGUCGGCGGCACCGACGUCUGCAUGGCUGUGGCUGAGCGCCUGGCGGCGCUGGACUUGCGCAGCGCCGAGGCCACGGACCAGAGGGACCUGAAAUUGAUCCAUGCGCUGGUGGAGAACGCGCCGGGGGGCUUUGAAUCUAUCAAUGCCUUGGUGCGUAUCUCCAUUCGGGAUGCACUCAUUACAGUGUACGAUCGUUUCCAUGGCGAUUUCCAAAGACUCAUUGAGACGUUGAAUGCCAGCGUGCCAUCCUCUAUCCGCAUUGCAGAGACACUUCCUGCUAGUGAGCAUUCACUAGUGAGGCUUUAA